AUGAACAUGGUAUGGGGAAAGAAGGAAAGUUCAAAACACGACGACGACGACGACGACGACGACAACAAGAGGAUAACAGGAGAUGUACCUGCAAACAUGAAAGAAGAAGACAACCUUGAUUCACUUAUUGCUGGUGCAUUGAAUCAGCUGUCCAUCAAUGAGCGCGAACAUAUAUACCAAGAGAUGCACGGAGUAGAUGACAUUGUAAAUGAGACACCAGUUAUGCUUCAGCGAAGUAUGAUGGCACUCCAUACUGAAUUAGAGAGACUGAAACAUACCCCAAGUCACAACCGUGAAGGAUUGGCUUUCAACACGGCAGAAGCAAUCUCGCGAAACUAUGUCAACGAUCCAUUCUUCCGAAUAAAGUUUCUUCGGAGCGAAAAGUUUGAUGUGAAAAAGUCUGCAGCACGAAUGAUCAAGUUUUUCGACACCAAGAUGCAACUUUUUGGAAAGGAGAAGCUGUGCAAAGACAUCACGCUUGACGAUUUGAAUAGUGAUGACAUGGCGCUGUUGAAGUCUGGAUAUUUACAACUACUUCCAACAAGGGACCGUUCAGGGCGGGUGGCAUUGAUGAUGUUCUUUUCGGAAAGGAAGCACAAAGUUCCGGAAAAUGUUGCUCGAGUCGUGUUUUACCUCAUAAUGACAGCAGUAGAAGACGGAGAAACACAACAAAGAGGAGUGACAUCAUUGAGCUACAGUGACUGGAAGUUUGAUUUAAAAAAGUUUGACCUUGGUACACUGAAUGUUGGAGCUGUGUUGGAAAAGUGUUUGCCUGUAAAAACUUGCUCCCAUCAUGUGUGCUUCAGCCAACCGGAAUUUCGAUUUAUCGUUAAUACUGCCGUUUAUUUCAUGCAUGGAGCCGCAAGGGCAAGAAUCAAACUUCAUUGGGGCACUCACAUGGAGGUUUUGUAUGAGUUGAUGGCCUUUGGCAUCCCCGUCGAUUCGGUACCAGUGAGCACAGAGGGGGAGCUCAAACGAAAGAAUCACUUGGAUUUUCUCAAAAUGAGGCAACGGCAGGAAUCGAUGGUCGGUGCACCACGGAUAGUUAUUCCAACACACAAAGAUGUUCUUUUCGGGCGAGGAAAACCAUUUCGAGAGCAUCAAGGGAAUAUCAUUCUGUACGAGAUGAUUGAUAGCAAACUGGAGUAUUACGAAUCUGCGUCAACAAAACAAAAGACAGCAGCAAUCACAGAAAUGGUUGAUGCAGUGAACUCAUCAGGAGGACGGUUUCUGAAACAAGAUGUUGCGGGGUGUUGGAUGGCAGUCGACCCCAAAAUGGCAAAGGAAAAGGUGAGCAAUACCUUUCGGACACGGCGCCGAAUUGCCUCAUCGGAAAACGAAGAUCGGAAGAACUCGGAAUUCAAAGUGGUCUCCGAAGGUAAAAAGAGAUUCAGGAAAGUUUCGUCAGAUGUAGACAUGUGA